AUGGCAUCUGUGAUUAUACCACCGAUGCCACCUUCGGCCCGUGAUGAUGCUCUCCAUCUCUACCGUGCCUUCAAAGGAUUUGGAUGCGACACGGCAGCAGUGAUCAAUAUUCUAGGGCACAGAAAUGCAACACAGCGUGCUGCCAUCCAAAAAGAAUACCACGCCACCUACUCCGAAGACCUCAACAAGCGUUUGUCCUCCGAGCUUAGUGGAGAACUCAAGAGAGCAGUGAUAAUGUGGAUGCCUGAUCCGGCAACGCGGGACGCCAACAUCGUACGGCAUGCUUUGGAGGGAGAUGUUGAUCUCAAAGCUGCCACUGAAGUCAUAUGUUCUCGAACUCCCUCCCAGAUGCGACAAUUCAAACAAAUCUAUUUCUCCAGCUUUGACGUCGACCUUGAGGAUGACCUUGCUACUAAAUUAUCCUCUGGAGAUCACAAAAAGUUGCUGGUAGCAUACAUUAGUGUGCCACGCUACGAAGGUCCAGAAUAUGAUCAAGCGAUGGUGCAGAAGGAUGCAGAACUUCUCUAUAAGGCUGGGGAGAAGAAAUUGGGGACGGAUGAGAAGGUUUUCAUCCAAAUUUUCAGUGAAAGAAGCAGGGCACAUUUGGUUGCUGUUGGCUCUGCUUAUCAAAGUUUGUAUGGUCAUUCAUUGGAAAAGGCAAUAACCAAGGAAACAUCUGGGUAUUUUUUUAAUGCACUUUUGACAAUUUUGCAGUGUGCUGACCAUCCUGGCAAGUAUUUUGCAAGGGUUUUACGCAAGGCAAUGAAGGGUUUGGGUACGGAUGACCCAACACUGAUAAGGGUAAUUGUGACAAGGGCUGAGAUUGAUAUGCAGUACAUAAAGGCAGAAUAUCGGAAUCAAUAUGGAAAAUCAUUGCAUGAUGCAGUUCAAUCAGAUACCUCUGGACAUUACAAGGCCUUUCUUCUCUAUCUUUUAGGCACCAACCCUUAG